AUGGAUGUGCAUAGCUCCAAAGCCGAGGCCCCAGGCCAUAUCUUCAAUGAAAAGAUGUCCGAGACAAUGCCUGCACCGAAUGGCACGUCAAAUAUGGAUUCAACGCAUCUAACUAUAGAUACGCAUGGCAGUCAUCCCCGCAGCAGUACUUCGAACUCCCCAGCCACAGCGACACAUACUCCCAAUAACCAAACAGCCGAGGAACUCGCUCGAUUUCAGAAUGCUGAUAUGCGUACUCUACCUCCCUGGAUUCGGUCGGUCGAGGAAGUCAGCCGGGAGGAUGACGAAGAAGCUACCGCGACAGAUCACCUGCUACCCUCUCAACCCAAUGAUGCGCUCGUCGCCCAGCAUAAUCAUGCUCCGCAUCCUACCUCCAGACCGGAAUAUUCUAAGGAGGGCCAACUGGAAGACGGCAAACCGAUUUCCCCUCGUCGUGAAUCUCGCUGGAAGACAUUCUCUCGCAGCAUCCAGUAUCCCCGAGAAUAUGGCGACGAGUACAAAGAGGUCUCUCCAGAAUGGAUGAAUGAUAACUUGGGAAAUUACAUGGAGCCAUGGCGAGGCAAUCUGCUGGAAGGAGAUAGCCCAGAGUACCCCUUGCACAACCACACCCACCGUCGAGAAAUCUGGUUCAAGCGCUGCCACAACUUCUUCUUAAGGAGCCCGAUCGCGCCGCUGAUUUUGCGAUUGACUGUCUGGUGCUUCUCGCUUGCUGCUUUGGCAUUGGGUGGAACAAUCCAGCAUUUGGCCGACAAGACUCAUGAACAUCAAGGCGCGUCCGCGCUGAUGGCAAUCAUUGUUGAUGCGGUCGCUCUGGUAUAUCUGAUAUAUAUCACCUUCGAUGAGUAUACUGCGAAACCGCUGGGCCUACGAUCGGCCACGGCUAAAGCACGUCUUAUCCUGCUGGAUCUGUUUUUCAUUGUAUUUGAUUCGGCCAAUCUCGGUUUGGCAUUCAAUUCUCUGUCCGAGUUGACUGGUGCUUGCAGGGAAGCAGAGAUCAACCAACAAGUUGAGCCUCGUAAUGAUCAAAUCUGUGUCCGGCAAAAGGCCCUUGCGUCCGUCCUGUUGGUUGCGCUGGUCGCCUGGCUGAUGACGUUUGCGAUCAGUGUUCUAAGACUUGUUGAGAGAGUGAAACAUUGA